AUGGCGCCCAUACGGAGAUAUCUGCGCAUCACCAAGUACUCGGUCCUCGAAUGCCGCAUCUAUCUCGACAACCCGGCUCUGGCGGAGAGCUGGUUGUUGAAUUCCAGAAAUCCGAUUCUUCCUCGGGUCAUCGAGAGCGUGCGUCCGUUGGUCCUGCCGAAACUCCGCGAGGAGAAUGAGCGCAGCAAGGCUAGGGGCAAGAAGAAGAGCGUGAAGGAUGUCGUCGUGGAAGAGGACUUCGAGGUCUCGAUCUUCUUGACCGAGACGAGUACACGACACUCCCUGCUUACGAAGCAGAAGCACUUCCGCGAUCUGAACAAGAAGGGCUUGCAAUCGAAUUCUCAUAAGCUUACGGGAGAUACAAAUGAUACUGCUAUCGACGUUGAGGAUACGCCGGCCAUAAGAAGGGAGGAGAGUGAUGAAGAUACACUGAACCUACAGGAUCUGCCAGCCCUACAGGAUUUCCCUGCUGUGGAGGGUAUAUCGGAAGCCGACUCUCUCUUUGUAGAUGAAGACGAAGAACCUCGAGGAUCUAAACGACCCAGAGCAGCAACCAACGAAUCGGCCUCCGCAUCUUCGCCAGGCUUGGAAUCACUGCCGAAGCGCAGGAAGGAUGCUACACCAGUGGAGGAGGAAUCUGACGACAAGAAGAAAAUGGCCAUGGAGACGACUUACGAUGGAUUCGCGAUCUAUGGCCGCGUGUUAUGUUUGGUCAUCAAACGCAAGGACAAGAAGGGCAAAGGGCCAGUGAACGCCGGUCAGGCAAUGAUGGAAGAUUGGAUUACUUCAACACAGAUGCCUCCCCCA